CAUUUAUUUUGUAGUUUAAUAAUUCCCGUACUUAGUUGUCUGUUGUGCUUCCGGUGUGAAAGGUCACUUCAAGAUGGCGCCGUCCAAGAAGAAACAUGCUAGCGGCCUCUCUUGUAUUGUUCCUGGAGGAUUUACAGAGCUCUCGUUAAAGUUUACCUCCGACAGCGUCGCUUCCCACAAGCUCUACGUGAAAGAGCACAAAGUCCGAGCGGAGAAGACCUCCCACAGACCGAUGGACCGGACGUUGUUUCUGCUCAACGUCCCGCCGUACUGCUCGGAGGUUGUCAUCAAAGAGCUGUUCUCCCAGUUCGGCUGCGUUCAGUCGGUGGAGCUGAGGGACCAUCCGGGCUCCUCCCAGGAGUCCGGCCCCACGCUGUCCCGGUUCUUUAAACCGGCUGAGAAACAGGGUUUCAAAGUGGGCUACGUCGUGUUCCAGAACUCCUCCUCCGUAUCCGCGGCUAAAUCGCACCCCCACGGCACGCCUUUGCUGGUGUGCACAGAGCAGCGUGCCGUGAAGACCGGAGUACAGAAAUGGAUCCAGCAAUACAUGCAGUCGUUUAGUCACCCGGACCGACUGCAGCAAAAAGUCGACUCCUUCAUGCAAGACUACGACAAGCGGAAAGAGGAGGAAGCGGAGAGGCAGAGGAAGGAGGCCAAGCAGCAGGAACAGGACGAAGAGGGCUGGGUGACAGUCUCGAGGGGACCCAAGGGCACCAAGGGCCGACCCCACAGCGAGGCGGCCAACAAGAGGACCUUAGCCAAAGAGAUCAGGAACAGGAAGAGCAAGGAGCUGAUGAACUUCUACACCUGGCAGCACAAGAACACCCAGAAAGAACAAAUUGCUGACCUAAGGAAGAAGUUUGAGGACGAUAAGCAGAGAAUAGCUCUGCUGAGGGCACAGAGAAAGUUCAGACCGUACUGAUGAACUUCUGUUCAUUUCACUGCUUCUGUGUGUUCUGGGCUGCAUUAGAACCCGUGCGUUGUGUGUCAAUAAACAAUUACUCUGACAGACUUAUUCAGUUAUUACCAUUGAUGUUUGCAGAAUAAUGUACGGUGUUACAUGGGGACCAAGAAUGUCAAUGGUCAUAAAAUUACAAGUUGAGUUUCAUUUAAGUUAGAAAAUAAUUCCACAUUUCUUACGCCUUGAUUUAAGAAAACAUUAAAGCAGCCACAAU